ACAUAUAUAUACAUCAGGGGGAGCCAACAGAGUUAGUGCAUACAAAACAUUUGGUUUGAGGGUUGACGUUUUGGUUGGUUUGACAAGAUGAUACAACUGUGCUAUUCUUCAUUGUUUCAUGUGAAAAUAAACUGCAAAGCUUAACCAGGCACGGCGACGACUCAAGGCUGCGCGGCUAGUAUAUUAUUACGCAGCCGAGCUGUUUUUACGAUUAACUGGAAGAUCGAGCGUUGGAUAAUAGAGACAAUGAUUCGCAGAGUUGCGAAUGUUGCCGUUUUUAUUUGACUUUUUUCUUCAUCACUCUAUACGAUAUCCGAGGCGGAAGUCGAUCACCUAUGUUCGGGGCAGACGCGAAGAAAUAUGUAUACCUGUAUAAACUGCGGUGCUCACGUGGACGAGCUUUACCGUCGCUACAGUCCCAGCGUGCUCAAAGUCCUGAAAUGCGUUUUAUUCAUUCAGGAAAAGUGCGGCAAUCUUGCGGAUAAGUACAUCGAGUACGACCCGGUGAUUGUCUUGGUGGACUUGGUACUUUUGGAGAAACCAGCCUAUCGUCACCUGCUCUACAACAGCGACUUCAACGCCUACUGGAAGCUCAUGGUCGUCCUUAUCUUGGGCGAGUCCUUCCGCAAGUGGACGAGCUACGAGGAAGAAUCGCGGGCUCGCGACAGCUCCGCGCCGUCCUCCUCCUCCUCCUCCUCCUCCUCCUCCUCCUCCUCCAACUUCACCGAUCCGGUUUUCGAGCUGUUCGCCAGGUCGAGUGGCCUUUUCGUCUUCCAGGGCGAGAGGAACUUUUACUUCCUCCUGGCUCACACGGCUUUAUCAUUGACAGCCUUCGUCUGCGUCGUGCUGCUUAUUACGGAGCUCAGGUGGAUGCUCCUCGGCAGCAGACCGCGCAGGUACAAGCCGACCGAUUUGGUCCGGGCGCUCAUCAUCGGAGGCUGUGCCAAAUUGCUGGGCUUGCUCGGAAUCGUCUGGCAGCACGCGGCGCCUGAGCCACACCAUAUACUCAUCUAUGGCUACACUGUGCUCUGCCUCCUAACGGCUUAUUCAGUUGUCUGUGAGAGUGGAAGAACUGGGUCUUUGAUUGGACUGGCUGGUGGACUUUUGGCUCAUAACUACGUUUACAAUAUAAUACCUGAACUUUACUUAUCGACCGCCAAUGUGACUCUGUUGCAAGCUUAAGGUCAUUAAUUGACGACGAUCGCGAAACGUGUCUCAAGCAUCCUUUACCGGUAAAAUGCUCCAUCCAAGCACGAGCCUGUCGAAACCACAGGAGAAGAGAUUGCAGGUGCUACUGUUGUCUUCAGCCCAAGCCACUGAGCAGACCAUUCGUCGGUGGCCCUGUACAGUAUUAGAAACGUUAUAUUUUGUAUUAUAUUUGUUAUGCGCGAAAAAUAAAGACUUUGAACUUGUAAAUUGUAAAUUAUUUAUUAAUAUUAAUAAAAGUCAACUUUAAACCAAUUUUAA